AAACUGCUAAAGGGAGGGGGUGGUCCGCAACACAACAGGAGAUCAGCUUGAAUCGUUCAUACUUCAACCACUGGGGCUCUUCUGCAUCCUCGCCGUGCAAACACGCGAUGAAAUCAAGCGAAAACACGGCAUGAGCUCGCCAGAAACCAGCGGCACCGACACAUCUGCCACCUUUCAAUAACCGGACGCUCUUUUCCUCUCCGGUUCACCGACUCUGUAGUGUUCGGGAUGGGUAAGGAGGUGAACGGCGUCUCUCGGAGUCGCUUUGAGAUGUUCUCCAAUAAUGACGAGGCUGUUAUCAACAAGAAGCUGCCGAAGGAGCUGUUGUUACGAAUUUUCUCAUUUCUGGAUGUAGUCACACUUUGCCGCUGCGCCCAAGUCUCACGAUCUUGGAACCUGUUAGCCCUGGAUGGCAGUAACUGGCAGCGCAUUGACCUCUUUGACUUCCAGAGAGACAUUGAGGGCCGUGUGGUGGAGAACAUCUCAAAACGGUGUGGAGGCUUCCUGAGGAAGUUAAGUCUUAGAGGAUGUCUUGGAGUUGGAGACAGCGCUCUCAGAACUUUUGCCCAGAACUGCAGAAAUAUUGAGCUGCUCAGUCUCAAUGGCUGCACCAAGAUCACUGACAGUACCUGUAACAGCUUGAGUAAAUUUUGUCCUAAACUGAAGCACUUGGAUCUUGCCUCCUGCACCUCAAUCACAAACCUGUCCCUCAAAGCUCUGAGCGAGGGCUGUCCGUUGCUAGAGCAGCUGAACAUCUCGUGGUGUGAUCAGGUGACCAAAGACGGCAUACAAGCGCUAGUGAGAUGUUGUCCAGGACUCAAAGGCCUGUUCCUCAAGGGCUGCACACAGUUGGAUGAUGAAGCACUUCAGCAUAUUGGAGCACAUUGUCCAGAGCUGGUCACACUCAAUUUGCAGACGUGUUCACAGAUCACAGAUCAAGGUCUCAUAACCAUCUGUCGCGGGUGCCAUCGGCUGCAGUCUUUAUGUGUGUCGGGCUGUGCAAACAUCACAGAUGCGAUUCUCAAUGCCUUGGGCCAAAACUGCCCUCGCCUCAGAAUAUUAGAGGUGGCUCGCUGCUCUCAGCUUACAGAUGUAGGCUUCACCUCAUUAGCACGGAAUUGCCAUGAACUAGAAAAGAUGGAUUUAGAAGAGUGUGUACAGAUUACAGAUGGGACGCUCAUCCAGCUAUCUAUACACUGCCCUCGACUCCAGGUCCUGAGUUUGUCUCACUGUGAGCUCAUCACUGAUGAUGGCAUCAGACAGCUGGGAAGCGGACCCUGCGCUCACGACCGUCUGGAGGUGAUCGAGCUGGACAACUGCCCGCUCAUUACAGACGCUUCAUUAGAACAUCUAAAGACCUGCCACAGCCUGGACCGCAUCGAGCUGUACGACUGUCAACAGAUCACCCGCGCCGGCAUCAAACGCUUGAGGACUCACUUGCCCAACAUUAAAGUUCACGCCUACUUUGCACCCGUGACUCCGCCUCCAUCGGUGGGCGGAAGCCGCCAGAGAUUCUGUCGCUGCUGUAUCCUUCUAUGAUGUAAAAUGGACUGUGUGUCUUGACCUCUAAGCCCCUGAGCACAUGCUGGUGGGUCCCCGGUCAGAUCGGAUGGGCGUGACGGAGAGACAUACCCGACACCCAGUCAUGAGCUUUAAUCAACACUACAGUCCAUUCAAUGGCUUUAAACAAGACUUGUUUGGUAAUUAAAGUGAACAACUUGGGGAAUGUGCUACUUGGUUCAUCAAAAACUAUUUGGAGAAGAGAACAAUGGGGCCUUUAUGAAAAAUAGAAGGCCAGUACUCAAAACGUCACUGAUGUUCUUUGUUUUUGGAUGGACCACCUCAAUUUGAUUUGAGAUCAUGGUAAGCAGGAGACGUUCAUACAUACGGUAACCAGCUCAUGGAUUCAUGCCUCAUCUAUAACACAUGGUAACGGUGGUCUGUAACCUGUGAGCCCCUGAGGAGCCCAGCUUUGAGCACACAUUCAUACACAUCGCUCACGAUGCACACACAAUCUGUCUUUCUUUCUGUCUGUGUUGCUCUCAGUGGCUUUGUUAAACUUAGAGCAGAGACUGAAUUUUUUUUGAAGCAUGAUUGUCUUCCAAGUCUUGCUUUAUCGGUUUCACCUGAAAAUCUCUUCAGAAGGGGUCAGAGUUUCAGCUGGCGGGUGGAGAUGCAGGGCAGACGUGAGGUUAACCAUUUAGGCUGUAAGUAAAUAAGGCUAGAAGAAAACGGGAAUUAUAUUGUGCUGAUGAGCGAGUGUCAUGCAUGAGAUUACAGCAUCACCACGCAGAGUAUUUGAAGUGUGUGUAUGUGUGUGUGAAAAUCUGUCAUUCAUGAUGAUGGAGAGAACGGCAGUGGGCUUCAUUCAUGAAACGAACAGUAUGAUUUUCUCUCUUAAAUCCAUUAGUUCACCUUCGGGCACUGUGGGCCUGUGGUCUCUAAGAAAAUAAAUGGUUUUACACAGAAAUGAAUUUGUUCUUGUGUUUCAUGAAUGAGGCCUGAUGUGUCUUUCCCAUCUACGCUGAUUGUUCUUCAUCCAUAAAAACAAAGCAAGCAAAAAAGAAAUCAACUGUAAGCAUGCACUUUAUAAUCAAUGCGCUCGUGAAUCAUCCACUGGCUUGUGAAGUACAUAAACAUAUUGAUUUGUGCACAGAUGUCCCCCGAUUAUGAAAACAAUCAAAAGCGUUUGUUUUAAAAUGUUUUGUUUGUUUGUACUUGUUUUCGUCAUGACUGUGGUCUUUCAGUUUAGUCUCUGUUUUGAGUCGGUGUCCCUGUGAUGCCACUUGUGAAAAUGUUAGUGUCCUCUUUUUCUUUUUGUGAAUUUCUGUAGGUAAGCAUUAGAUAAUGUCCUUAUUGAAAGGAGCUGCAGUAUAUGUAGAAUAUUUCAACAGGGCUUUAUGGAAGUUUGUGGAUGAGCUGGAGGUGAAGUGGUGGCCUAUAUGGCCUUUUGUGGCAUAAAAACAUUGUAUGUUUCAGAUAAUGAUGAAUGAUGAAACUUGCAGUUACAUAAAGCCACUUUUACAUUUAUUUAUAUUCAGUUUCUCUGAAAAAUACUCACACUCGUACACUUUAGACAGCGAGGACAGCGGCUGGGAUGACUGUAGUGAUGUGACACAUUUUCUUUCUGGCACACUUUAGAGGAAAGUAUUUCAGCAGAUCAGAGUCAUAUAUGCAAUAAAAAUCUGUUUUUGAAAUAGGUUUCCUGUAUGUUGUUAUAGUGUGAGACUUGUAGAUGUUAUCAGGUGCUUUGUCUUUUUUGGUGAUGUUCUUUCAGGUUUAUUCUACCCCUAUUCUUCUUAUUCUUUGUUUAUUUCUGAGGGUUUUGCUCUUCACUUUGUCUGCGUCACAUAAAACGCAUCCUCAUUUGCAAUCAGA